UGCGCAAGUCAGUGGAGUGGAACUGACUGCUCGUUAGUAUGACAUUGGAUCUGUUGCUAAGAAGAAGCUCUGAAAUCAAACUGGAGACCAAAUCCUCCUGAAUCGGGAUUAAGCAAACGACUUUCAUCUUCCGCAGCCCUACCCGGCAAGGUUGCUGUCGUCGUCGGUGCUUGGGGAUUUACUUUGGCGAAUCAAGAACACAAGAUAUACUAGAUUUGGAUUUGGAUUUUCUUUGAGUUGAAGAUGACCAUUGAUGUAGAAAACCCUAAGAAUGGAGAGGCAGUAUCAGUCACAUCUUUAUCACCAAGUGAAGAUCAAAGACUAACAUGGUACAAUACCCUUCUAAAGCACGCAUCAGUGUAUGGCAUAGCUGCUGGAUACUGCCUCUCAGCUUCGCUACUUUCAAUCAUAAACAAAUGGGCUGUCAUGAAAUUUCCAUACCCCGGAGCUUUAACAGCUUUGCAGUACUUCACUAGUGCAGCAGGUGUUCUCCUCUGCGGAUGGUUUAAGCUACUCGAAUAUGACCCGCUUAACCUCCUAACAAUGUGGAAAUUCCUUCCAGCAGCUGUCAUAUUCUAUCUGUCUCUUUUCACCAACAGCGAGCUUCUCCUUCAUGCCAAUGUUGACACGUUUAUUGUCUUUCGUUCAGUCGUUCCAAUAUUCGUGGCUAUUGGAGAGACCCUAUUCCUGCACCAGCCUUGGCCAACGACUAAAACAUGGAUGUCACUUUUAACCAUCUUUGGAGGUAGCGUUCUUUAUGUAAUAACUGAUUACCAAUUUAGCAUCAUGGCAUAUACGUGGGCUGCAGCUUAUUUAGUUAGCAUGUCUAUAGACUUUGUAUACAUCAAACAUGUGGUUAUGACCAUCGGCUUGAACACAUGGGGGCUUGUGUUGUAUAACAAUCUGGAGGCUUUAGUACUUUUUCCAAUCGAGUUGCUUAUCAUGGGGGAGUUGAAAAAGAUAAAGCACGAAAUCACUGAUGAGUCGGAUUGGCACUCUUUUCAGGUGGUUUUACCUGUUGGGCUGUCAUGUUUGUUUGGUUUAGCCAUUUCUUUCUUUGGUUUUUCUUGCCGGAGAGCAAUUUCUGCAACUGGCUUCACUGUUCUGGGGAUUGUGAAUAAGCUGUUGACUGUUGUGAUCAAUUUAGUUAUAUGGGAUAACCAUUCGACUUUGAUUGGCACGAUUGGUCUAUUGAUAUGCAUGUCUGGUGGUAUUAUGUACCAACAAUCCACAAGCAAGCCUAAGGCUGCUGUUGUGGAAAUGAAAGCUACCACCGAAAGUGAAGAAGAGAAGGAAAAGCUACUGGAAAUGAAAAGCAUUGGAGAAGCCUUGGACGAUAACAAACAAGUAAAUUCUUUGAAACAAUCUGGUGAAGGGUCAUAAUAUGGUAAGUAGUUUAUAUAUAAAUCCGUGAAAAAAAUAUUAUCUUGUAUUUGAAUUGCAUACGAAAUUUGUCAAAUUAUUAUCUCAACUUGAACUAUAUACUCGACAAUAACAUUCUCAUUCUUUAGUCAUCUGAAGUACCUAUACCAGUAUAGGCAAUAGAAAUGUUUUCUGCAUUCUGGUUUAUCUCAACUUGCUGCAUUAGACGUUCA